AUGGGUCGUACCAAGCAGGAUGCCUCCAUUGGCAUCAUUGGAAUGGGCGACAUGGGCAAAAUGUAUGCCCAGCGUCUGAGUGAUGCAGGAUGGAGGAUAAACGCAUGUGAUAAGCCUGAGAAUUAUGAAACCCUUCAAAAAGAAUUUUCGUCCCAACCCUUGGUUACCAUUUUCCCCAAUGGCCACCUUGUUUCCAGAAUUAGCGAUUUUAUUCUGUACAGUGUAGAGGCCGGCGUGAUCGACCGGGUUGUGGCACAGUACGGGCCAUCAACGAAAGUCGGUGCCAUUGUUGGAGGCCAAACCUCCUGUAAGGCUCCGGAGCUCAGCGCUUUCGAGAGACACCUGCCCGCGGAUGUAGAGAUCGUUUCAUGCCAUUCGUUGCAUGGACCCAAAGUCAAUCCCAAGGGCCAACCGCUGGUCCUCAUCCAGCAUCGCGCUUCAGAUGAAAGUCUCCGAUUCGUCGAACAUAUCCUCUCCUCAUUUGGAUCGAAACUGGUUUAUCUGACGGGAGAAAUGCACGACCGUAUUACAGCCGACACGCAAGCGGUGACACAUGCGGCGUUCUUGAGCAUGGGUACUGCGUGGCAGGCGAAUAACCAAUUCCCAUGGGAGAUGUCACGCUGGGUCGGUGGUAUUGAAAAUGUGAAAAUUAACAUCACUCUUCGCAUCUACUCCAACAAAUGGCACGUUUAUGCCGGCCUGGCCAUCUUGAAUCCCGCGGCCAAGCAACAGAUUCGGCAAUAUGCAGAGUCUGUCACGGAUUUGUACAAGCUGAUGAUUGGCGGUCACCGAGAUGAAUUGAAGCGUCGAGUGAAGGCCGCUGGUGCAUCAGUUUUCAAAGAUGGUACCCCGGGCCAAGACCUCUUGCUGAAGGAUGAGCAUCUCGACCAAUUCUCUCUGUCGACGCGCUCUCGUGAGGCCUCGCCACCAAACAACCAUUUGAGUCUGCUCGCCAUUGUCGAUUGUUGGUCAAAGUUGGGCAUCGUUCCCUAUGAUCAUAUGAUAUGUUCAACUCCUCUCUUCCGUCUUUGGCUGGGUGUCACCGAAUAUCUUUUCCGUAACCCAGAACUUCUGGAUUCGGCGCUGGACACGGCCAUUGACGACAACACUUUCCGCUCGGAUGACCUGGAAUUCACAUUUGCUGCUCGGGCUUGGUCUGAUUGUGUCUCCUUCGGGGACUUCGAAUCGUACCGGGACAGGUUCGAGCGCAUUGCUUCUUACUUCUCUCCCCGUUUCCCUGAAGCUGCUAAGCUUGGCAAUGAGAUGAUGAAGACGCUUCUAGAAAAGACAAGCGGUCAGCCAUAG